AAAGGAGCGGACCCGCUGGAGGAAGCCAGCAGAUGGCAGCCGAGCAGCUAAAGGCGCUAGCCGUCAUAAAACUUAAAAGAAUACGAAGAAGUCGCUCUGUCUUUCCUUUGAAAGAUUAAACAAGUGGGGAUCCAAGAUAUGACCUUGUGGAACGCCACAUGUGAUUUCUGCCCACUCCAUUGAAAAGUUACCCAUUGAAGCCUCUGUUCUUUAGUGGCUGAUGCUUCCCAGUGUCUCCCGCUGCACUCGGCCCAUCUGCCUUUCUGUAGUUCGGCCUCUGGCUCACUUCAGACCACCCAUGGACCCGGACCCUAACCGGCCCGUUGAAACAACCAUCAGAACCAAACUGACAGAGAAGUUCAAGCCCGACCACUUGGAGGUCCACAACGAAAGCCACAUGCACGCGGUUCCCCCCGGAUCCGAAUCCCACUUCCGAGUCCUGGUGGUCAGCACUCAGUUUGUGGGUCUGCCGCUGAUUCAGCGCCACCGUCUGGUCAAUGAGGCGCUGAAGGAGGAACUGAGUAGCCGUGUUCAUGCGUUGGCCAUCCAGGCGAAGACCCCUGAGCAGUGGGGCGUGGACCCUGCUCUGGGCAAGAGCCCGUCCUGCAUGGGGGGUUCGAAAAACGACCGCACCGUCGAGGAGAAGCUGAAGGCCGGGCGGGAAUGAAGCGCUGGACUCUCGCAGCCCGCUCUUUGGUUUUAUCUGCUCUGAAGUGUUUUCCUCCAGAUCCGGCUCCAGCAGUGAUGGAUCUGUGUCCGGUCCCGGCUCUGGCCCAUCAGCUCUGCGUGGGCCAGUGCAGGUCAGUGGGAACCCACCUUGGCGGUUCUGGUUCUGCGUCACCGGUCCGGGACAGAUGGUGCCAGGCUGGUGCUGGGACCCUGAACGGGGCAGGGUUCCCGCGUACCAGAGCGGCCGCUGAUUUAUGCUGCGGCUCCUUCUGCACAGUUGACCUCUGCUGGUUGAGGGUCAUCCACCGGUGGGGUGGCUGAA